AUGUCUCACGAAGAAGAUCUCAUCGACUACUCCGAUGAGGAGCUUCAGGCAACUGAUGCUACCGCUACUACUACCGCUGCCGCUGGCGCCAACGGUGCCGCUCCUAAAAAAGAAGGUGACCUGACAGUGGCUGGCGCGCGAGCGGAUAAGAAAGGAAGCUAUGUUGGUAUUCACUCGACUGGUUUCCGCGAUUUCCUCCUGAAGGGAGAACUUUUGCGUGCGAUCACCGAUUGCGGUUUCGAACAUCCAUCGGAGGUCCAGCAAGUUUGCAUCCCGACUGCCAUUCUGAAUGUCGAUGUCCUCUGCCAGGCCAAAUCUGGUCUUGGAAAAACCGCUGUCUUUGUCCUGACAACUCUCCACCAACUGGAACCAGUUCCUGGCGAAUGCUCGAUACUUGUUAUGUGCCACACCAGGGAGCUAGCGUAUCAGAUCAAAAACGAAUAUGCCCGAUUCAGCAAAUAUCUUCCAGAUGUGAAGACUGCUGUUUUCUAUGGUGGAACCCCAAUGCAGAAAGACAUUGAACUGCUCUCAUCGAAGGACACAUAUCCCAACAUCGUUGUUGGUACCCCUGGUCGGUUGAACGCCCUUGUUCGCGACAAGAAACUGUCUCUCCGAAACAUCAAGGCCUUUGUUCUCGACGAAUGUGAUAAGAUGUUGGAUCAGAUCGAUAUGCGACGCGACGUCCAAGAGAUUUUCCGUGCGACUCCCGCCGAUAAACAAGUCAUGAUGUUUAGUGCCACCCUGUCCCAGGAAGUCCGGCCGAUCUGCAAGAAGUUCAUGCGCAAUCCUCUCGAGGUGUAUGUUGAUGACGACACGAAGCUGACCCUUCACGGCCUUCUACAAUACUAUAUUAAGCUCAGCGAGUCGGAGAAAAACCGGAAAUUGAACGAGCUAUUGGACAGCCUAGAAUUUAACCAGGUCAUCAUCUUCGUUAAGAGCACCCAGCGUGCUAGCGAGCUGGACAAGCUCCUCCGUGAAUGCAACUUCCCUAGCAUCGCAGUCCACUCCGGAGUUUCCCAGGAAGAGCGCAUCAAACGAUACAAGGAGUUCAAGGAAUUCAACAAGCGUAUCUGUGUAGCAACAGACGUUUUCGGCCGUGGUAUCGAUAUUGAACGAAUCAACCUGGCCAUCAACUAUGACUUGCCUGCGGAUGCGGAUUCGUAUCUUCACCGCGUCGGCCGUGCCGGUCGUUUCGGUACCAAGGGCCUUGCCAUCUCUUUCGUUAGCAGUGAGCAGGACCAAGAGGUUCUCAAGGACAUUGAGAAACGAUUCGAAGUUGCACUUCCUGAAUACCCCGAGGGAGGUGUCGACUCCAGUGCGUACAUGGCAUAA